AUGAUCUCUGUGGCCAAUAAGAAGAGCGGAGACGGCUCUAGUGCCUUAAAUAUCGGGUCACAUCGUAUCCCUACAACAGAGUUCAUCCUUCGUCGCACAUGUGAAGCUAUUUCGCCUCUUAUGUCUUACGAGUUUAAGAAGAUUCCCGGGAAGUACAAGCAUGAUAAUAUGACAUAUUACACUAUGGAGUUUGCAGAUGUGGCACAUUACGAUCUUCCACCAUCACCAUUUGACGACCCAGACGUAUUGAAAGCUUUCAAUAAGAAGUUUCGCAAACGCCUACACAAAAACAAGGCUGAUGCAUAUGCUAUCUUACCCACAAACAAACAUCCUGAUAUAGUCAAGGUUUAUCCCCAAACAUCAUUUAUACCAAGCUUUAAACAGCAUGGUAUGUACGUACCUCCAAAAGGCACUAAGAAACGUCCUAUCCACCAUCGAGGACCACAAGGACCUGAACCCAAACGUAUUAGAGUAACCGAGUAG